AUGGCUUCUGCACUACCUCCUCCCCCGAGGUCACUCCCACACAUCCUGACCCUCAGAAGACCUGGCAUCUAUGAGGAUGAACAUCAUAGACUGUGGCUGGUUACAAACGUUGUAACUUGUACUCAUUCACCAUUUUGCAACAGGCUCGGAAUCUGUAUAACUAUCCACUUGUGCCAGGUGGUCAGUUUCCCCCACGAGAUUACUUUUAUCUCUCCCUCAAGUUUGAACUAUCUACCCAGGAUGUGGAGAUUACACUCAGUGAACACAUACUGGGGAUCAGAUGCCAUGGUCUGGAGAGUAUUGGAACAUUUCCAGGCAAGUGUUUACUACCUCAAGGAUGGUAACACAGAGCAACUGAUCCUAAUGAUGGUGUGA